AUGGCUGCUCAAGGAGGCUUCUGGGCAGAGAUCCGAAAGAUUCCCCCUGUGACGCGAUUCCUCUGCGCAUCCUCGCUCGCUGUUUCUCUACCGGUUAUGGCACAAUUGGUCUCCCCAUGGAAGGUGGUCUACGUACAACAAUUGGUCACGAAGAAAUGGGAGAUAUGGAGACUUUGGUCGAGCUUCUUCUUAGGCAGCUCUGGCAUCAACUAUAUCUUCGACUUCGUGAUGUUAUAUCGAACGUCCGAUGGUAUCGAAUCCGCUAACUACGCCAGUCGCUCAGCGGAUUAUGCAUGGCAUCUCCUCCUUUCCGCUAUAUCCAUCAUUGCCCUCAACACUCCUCUGCACUCCUACACCCAUACCCGCCCCCUUCUCCUCUGUCUGACGUACCUCGCGUCGAGACUUGCGCCGCCGGGCGCCCAGACCUCUCUCAUGGGACUCAUCACAGUGCCUUACGCUUACUGGCCAUAUAUUAUGAUCGGCAUGGACUUUGCCAUGGGUGGUCCCGCCGCCGCUGCUAGCGCUGUUAGUGGUGCCAUCGUCGGCCACAUGUGGUGGUACGGCCUGUUCGAGACCCGGGUGCUCGAAGGCAUCGUUGGGCGCGCACCGGGGUGGCUAAGGUCCUUGGUGGGUGAUGGCAGCGCGCCUAAUGCCGGACCUGCCGGACCUGCGGGUGGGGUCCAUGUCAUCCCUCCGAGACAGGUGAGGCAAGCUACUGCUGGGACUGGGGGUCAUAACUGGGGUACCGGACACCGGCUCGGAACCGAUUGAGAGCAGACUCUGCUUCAAAGUCGAGCGUUUCUGCAUAUCGUUGAGUACUCCGUGUACAGUCCCAUAAUUCCAGAGUGCGCU